AGAAAACGACGCCGUCUCACCACAUACCACAAACCAGACCAACCCCUCCCUCCAUUUAAUUUAGAUGAAAAAGCACACAAGCCAGUGAUGAAAAGAAGGGGCAUUUGGGAGCUCUCUGGUUCAAACUUAGAGGAAAUCUGAGAGAGAGAAAGAGAGAGAGAGAGAGAGCUUAGGGGGUGGGUAUCAAUGGGGGAGCAGAGGAACCGGUGGAACUGGGAGGUGAGCGGGUUCGAGCCGAGGAAAACGACGUCGGAGGAUCACAAUCCUGGUGCUCCGCUGGUCCGGAGGUACUCGAUCUCGGCCGCAUCGGCGCUGGCCCAUUCGGAGCUGACGAAGCCCUCGGUGGCCUCCAAGGUCCAGCGAUUGAAGGACAAAGUUAAGCUUGCAAGAGAAGAUUUCUUGGAGUUGAGACAAGAAGCAAAUGAGCUGCAGGAAUACUCAAAUGCAAAACUUGAUCGAGUUACACGUUAUUUAGGUGUUCUUGCUGAGAAAACCCGCAAACUAGAUCAAGUUGCCCUUGAAACUGAGGCUAGAAUUUCUCCUCUGAUCAAUGAAAAGAGAAGGUUGUUUAAUGACUUGUUGACAACCAAAGGAAAGAUAAGGGUAUUUUGCCGUACAAGACCAUUGUUUGAAGAUGAAGGUCCCUCUGUUGUUGAAUUUCCUGAUGAUUGCACCAUCCGUGUCAAUACUAGUGAUGAAACCAUUUCCAACCCGAAGAAGGAUUUUGAAUUUGAUAGAGUUUACGGACCACAUGUUGGACAAGCUGAACUGUUCAGGGAUGUUCAGCCACUGGUGCAGUCAGCUUUGGAUGGAUAUAAUGUUUCUAUAUUUGCUUAUGGACAAACCAACUCUGGAAAAACACACACAAUGGAAGGAUCUAGUCAUGAUCGCGGUUUAUAUGCUCGCUGUUUUGAGGAGUUGUUUGAUCUAGCCAACUCGGAUUCAACUUCCACUUCACGAUUCAAAUUCUCUGUUACAGUUUUUGAGCUCUACAAUGAACAGGUCAGGGAUUUGCUUUCCGAAUCAGGGAGCAGUUUACAAAAAGUCCGAAUGGGAUCACCAGAGUCUUUUGUAGAACUUGUGCAGGAAAAAGUUGAUAACCCAUUGGAAUUCUCUAAAGUCUUGAAAGCUGCUUUUCAGGGCCGGGGGAAAGAUAUAUCAAAGUUUAAUGUUUCUCACCUGACCAUCACAAUACAUAUAUAUUAUAACAAUUUGAUCACUGGAGAGAACUCGUACAGCAAGCUCUCUCUUGUAGACACGGCUGGAAGUGAAGGUUCAAUUGAGGAAGAUGAUAGUGGGGAGCAUGUGACGGACCUGCUGCAUGUUAUGAAAUCACUUUCAGCGUUGGGCGAUGUUUUGUCGUCUUUGACUUCAAAGAAGGAUGUGGUUCCUUACGAAAAUUCAAUGCUCACUCAGAUACUUGGAGACUCACUAGGUGGAAGUUCGAAAACUUUGAUGAUUGUUAACGUAUGUCCAAAUGUAAAGAAUCUGUCUGAGACAUUAUCAUCUCUGAAUUUCUCUGCCAGAGCCCGAAAUUCCGUGCUAAGCCUUGGAAAUCGAGAUACAAUUAAGAAAUGGAGAGAUGUUGCAAAUGAUGCACGUAAAGAGUUGUAUGAAAAGGAAAAGGAGAUCGAAGAUCUGAAACAAGAGGUUUUGGGACUGAAACAAUCUCUUAAAGAUGCAAAUGAUCAGUCUGUCCUACUCUUUAACGAAGUUCAAAAGGCGUGGAAAGUUUCUUUUACACUCCACUCAGAUCUAAAGUCAGAGAAUAUUUUGCUGGUGGAUAAACAUAAGAUUGAGAAGGAGCAAAAUGCUCAGCUUAGAAAUCAAGUUGCUCAACUGUUACAGUUGGAGCAAGAUCAAAGAAUGCAGAUACAACAGCGAGACAUGACAAUUCAGACUUUCCAGGCCAAAAUUAAAAGCAUUGAAUCACAACUCAAUGAAGCUCUUCAUUCCGCUGAAACCAGAUCAACUGGCUCAGAAGGACCUGGAGUUUUGUCUCCCAAGGCAACUGGGGAUGGCCUAGAUUCUUCAGCAGUGACAGUGACCAAGAAGCUUGAAGAGGAACUCAAAAAACGUGAUGCGCUGAUUGAGAGAUUGCAUGAAGAAAAUGAGAAAUUAUUUGAUAGAUUAACAGAAAAAGCAUCUUUGAUUGGAUCGGCCCAGGCAUCAAGUCCAUUAUCCAGAGGAAUGGUGAAUGUUCAGCAUCGGGACCAGGGGAGGAUUGGUGAUAGUAACUAUAACAAAGGAAGUUCUAUGGAUGUCAUUCCUUUGCCAUUGGCAGCAGAUAAGACUGAUGGGACAGUUGCUUUGGUGAAAUCGGGCUCUGAUAAAGCUAAAACAACCCCAGCAGGAGAGUAUCUUACUGCUGCCUUGAAUGACUUUGAUCCUGAACAAUAUGACAGCCUUGCUGCCAUUUCAGAUGGGGCAAACAAGCUUUUGAUGCUGGUUUUGGCUGCAGUGAUUAAAGCAGGUGCCUCUAGAGAGCAUGAAAUACUUGCUGAAAUUAGAGAUGCUGUUUUCUCUUUCAUCCGUAAAAUGGAACCGAAGAGGGUCAUGGAUACCAUGCUUGUUUCUCGUGUUAGAAUUUUGUAUAUUAGAUCUUUGCUUGCUAGAUCACCAGAACUGCAGUCCAUUAAGGUUUCUCCUGUUGAGUGGUUUUUAGAAAAGGCUAAUGUUGGACGCAGUCGGAGCUCCAGCCGGAGCAGCAGCCCCGGAAGAUCCCCUGUGCGCUAUGUUGAUGAGCAGAUCCACGGCUUUAAAGUGAAUCUAAAACCGGAAAGGAGGUCCAAGUUCUCAUCAGUUGUUCUAAAAAUACGAGGGAUUGAUCAGGAUAGUUGGAGGCAGCAGGUAACUGGUGGAAAGCUUAGGGAAAUACAGGAGGAAGCCAAAAGUUUUGCAAUUGGAAACAAAGCUCUUGCUGCUCUCUUUGUCCAUACUCCAGCGGGUGAGCUGCAGCGCCAAAUUAGAUCCUGGCUGGCAGAGAACUUUGAAUUUCUGUCUGUUACUGGAGAUGAUUCAUCAGGAGGGGCAACUGGUCAGUUGGAGCUUCUUUCUACAGCAAUUAUGGAUGGUUGGAUGGCUGGACUUGGUGCUGCACUACCUCCCAGUACUGAUGCUCUGGGACAGCUUUUGUUCGAGUAUGCAAAGCGGGUCUACGCUUCUCAAUUGCAGCACUUGAAGGAUAUUGCUGGUACCUUGGCAACAGAAGAGGCAGAAGAUGCAGCACAAGUGGCUAAGCUGCGUUCGGCUCUAGAGUCUGUUGAUCACAAAAGAAGAAAGCUUUUGCAACAAAUGAGGAGUGAUGUAGCCUUAUUAACAUUGGAAGAUGGUGCUUCGCCUAUUCAGAAUCCUUCUACUGCAGCUGAAGAUGCACGAUUAGCAUCUCUCAUUUCCCUAGAUGGCAUAUUGAAGCAAAUAAAGGAUAUAAUGAGGCAAUCCUCUGUUAGCACCUUGGGCAAAAGUAAGAAGAAAGCAAUGCUUGCAUCUUUAGAUGAACUUAUGGAACGGAUGCCUUCCCUUCUUGAUAUUGAUCAUCCAUGUGCUCAGAGGCAAAUUGCUGAUGCUCGUCGUGUGAUUGAGUCAAUUCCCGAAGAAGAUGACCCCCCUCAAGAGACAGCACAUACUCACAAACCAUCUGCAGAUUUGGGAUCUGGUACUGAAACCGAUGUGGCUCAGUGGAAUGUCUUGCAGUUUAACACCGGCUCAACAACCCCAUUUAUAAUCAAGUGUGGCGCAAACUCGAAUUCAGAACUGGUUAUUAAAGCAGAUGCUCGGGUUCAGGAACCGAAAGGUGGCGAGAUAGUACGAGUCGUUCCUAGACCAUCCGUUUUGGAAAAUAAGAGCUUGGAAGAGAUUAAACAAGAGUUCUCCCAACUCCCUGAGGCUCUCAGCCUGCUUUCCCUAGCAAGGACUACAGAUGGAACUCGAGCUCGUUAUUCUAGACUAUACAGAACGUUGGCCAUGAAAGUUCCAUCGCUGAGGGAUCUAGUUGGUGAGCUUGAAAAGGGGGGAGUACUGAAAGAUGUAAGGUCAUGAAUGCAGAAUUGUGUUUGUGAAAUUAUUUUCUCCCGUUGUUAGAUGAUUGUCUUGGGCGAGGUCUGUGUUUAUAUCAUUUUGAGGGGUUUGUCGAAACAGUUUGGCAUUGUAUAAUUUAUUGUGUGCUUUGCGACUGUUAUCGCCACAGUGAGCAUUGUAUGCACGUUAGUCGUUACAUAUCCACGAGUCGAUCUGUGAACCACUGUUGAUAUUUCUAGCAAUUUUGUGUAAAUUAUUGAAGCUUCUUUUGCGAUA